AUGGUCACCAAAAGUCACUAUCCCGAUCUGGAUCUUCCGAAUGUCGACAUCUUCUCUUUCUUGUUCAAGCGCAAGGACCGCCCGUUUCCGGAUAGUCACCCAAUCUUUCGAGAUGGCCUUACCGACAAAACGUAUAGCUUUGGAGAUUUGCAACGUCUCUCGGAACAGUUCGGUCAGGGAUUAAGGUCUCAAUACGAUUGGAGAAGGGGAGAUGUGCUGGCGAUAUCAUCGUUGAGCGAGAUUGAUAUGCCCCCGGUAAUCUUUGGCGCUCUCUGGGCUGGAGGAACAGUGACGACUUCGAACCCCGGUUACACGGUUGGGGAACUCUCUCACCAACUCCGGGACAGCGGCGCCAAAGCCAUCGUCACGCAGUAUUCCGACAUCGAGAAAGUCAAAAAGGCGUGUCGUGCCGUGGGUAUUGCAGAGGACUACAUCAUCCUCCUCGGGAGCGAGAAAGACCCAAUGGCGCGCUUGAAACAUUGGACAAGUAUUCGCAGUCUGAGCUCUAUCAGACAGUUUGUGGCACGCAGGCUCGAUCCUAAGAUUGACACUGCCUUUCUGGUCUAUUCUUCUGGAACCACAGGGAAGCCCAAGGGUGUCAAGCUCUCCCAUUACAACAUCACGUCCAACGUCCUUCAACUUCAGGUGGCAGAAGGGUUCAACCUUACUUGGGACGGGAGCCGAACCACUCGAGACAUUCCCUUGCCCGAGCCAGGGACUGGAGGCGAUAAGAUCCUCGCCUGUCUCCCGUUCUUCCACAUCUACGGAUUGACUGUUCUCGUCCACAGUCCCCUAUACUCGGGCGUGACGACUGUUGUGCUGCCACGCUUCAAUGUCGACAUAUGGUGCCAGCUAGUGGAGAAGCAACGAAUCACAUACUCUUACAUUGUACCGCCGAUUGUCCUUCACCUAGCCAAACACAAGUCCGUCUCUACCUACGACCUCUCUAGCCUGCGCAUGACCCAGUCAGGCGCCGCACCCCUUACCCGCGAACUUAUCGAGCGAGUCUACAAGAGGCUAAAGAUCCGCAUCAAGCAAGGCUAUGGACUCUCCGAGACUAGUCCGUGCCUAUAUCAAGGCUCUUGGGAUGCAUGGGACGUCGACAUUGGAAGUUGCGGUGCUUUGCUGCCGAAUCUAGAAGUCAAGAUUUGCGAGCCUCUUCACAGCUCUCGUGACAACGCCACGGCAACCACGGCUCGAGAGCUCCCGCCUGGGGAGGUGGGAGAGCUACACGUCAUGGGCCCUACUGUCUUCAAAGGCUACCAUAACAACCCGGAAGCCACGGCUGAGUGCCUGUCCCCGGAUGGAUGGUUCCGCACGGGUGACGUGGGGUACAUCAAUGCGCGGGGAAAUCUAUUCAUUACGGACCGCGUCAAAGAGUUGAUCAAGUAUAAAGGAUUUCAAGUCCCACCCGCAGAACUGGAAGGCUACCUCCUCGAUUUCCCAGGCAUUAUUGACUGUGCGGUGGUGGGUCUGUAUGACAAGGACUUGGCUACUGAGGUCCCAAGAGCGUACGUCGUUACGGACGCCGCGUCAGGACCCUUGGAUUCUAAUGAGCUGCAGAGGUGGUUUGCUGGUCGGGUGGCAAGUCAUAAGAAGUUGAGGGGGGGCGUUCGAGUGGUAGAUGUAAUUCCGAAGAACGCGAGUGGGAAGAUACUGAGGAAGGAGCUCAAGGAGAUGGCUCGCAAGGAGUCUGAGGCGAAUCGUGCGAAGUUGUAG